GAUUGUUUUUCUUUACGAAAACGAAAAGUGGCCAAUUUAGUAUAUUAUGUGUGGCCAGUGCCGGAACAAAGAAUCUCCGUCGGCGUCGGCGUCGGCGACGGCGUCGGCGCCGCCUCGCGCGUAUUCCUCGGCAACGUAACGCUCGUCGCGUAGCUGUGUACCUACAAGUGAACGCAUGAUAGCGGCAGAGUCGAUUCUCGCAGUGCUUUAAAUACUCAUUGAGCUAAACGGAAAUAAGGAUAGGACAAGUAGAUUAGAAAAAAAGAACGAAAGCGAAUGGAAACAACGAUGAAUGUUACGAUAGCAAUAUUUCAUUCUCCUUAAGGAUUGGUGCUUAGUACGGUGACAUCGUGUAUGUACAUAGAUAAGAGAGUCUCCAAAAUCAUUUGUAUUCAGUUUCGUUCAGUCAAAAACCACCCAGCUGACUGAUACACGCAGUGUAGAAUUUCUUAAAUCGAACCGCCUCUUCUCUCCACUCUUUCGAACAAAUCAACAACUUUGCGGUGGUAAGGUGAUGCUAGUUUUUCAUAUUAUUCAGUCAAAAUAAUCGCGUUAAAAAAAAAAUCGAAUCGAAACAAAAAUCAAUGCGCUUAUUAAAGUAAAUUAAUGAAACUUGGGUUAUACGUAGUAAUUAUCGCAUAUUAAAAUAGUUUUCGAGCAAUGUGUUUAGAGUGUAGAAAACUAUGACGGUAGCUAAAACUAAUGGAACAACGGCAAUGACAACAACAACCAACACUUGUAUCGAUCAUGAGAAGAAACAACAAAGUAAUGCGUUACUAUUAUACAAAGAAGAGGAAAAAGAAAAGGAUGAAAUUACGCUAGAAGACUUGGCUCCUGACGGUGGUUGGGGAUGGAUGGUGGUGUUGGCUAUGAUAUUAGUAUUCAUUACAACAUUUGGACCAACCGCAUCGUUUGCAAUUAUUUUCGGUGAUUUUCUUGAAGCAACUGGUCAAGCUGGUACAGCAAUGACGCUAUUUAAUUCCGUUUUCAUGGUUACAUUUUCGAUUGCUGGUUUGAUGACCAACAUUUUAUUGAAGAGAUACGCGAUGAGGCCUGUAGGAAUUUUCGGUGCGUUGAUGUUUGCAUUGCCGAACGUGGCUUUAGCAUUCGUUAACAACGUGUACGAAAUGGCAUUUUUAAAUUUCCUCCAAGGCUUGGGACUCGGUCUGAUCAUUACCAUUUGCAAUACGAACUUCAACGCUUACUUCGUAAAGAGAAGAGCGCCGAUAAUGAGCGUAGCCCAAGUAAUUAUCGGUUUAGGUGGAAUCGCGUAUCCUGUCUGCAUAGAAAGAUUGAUGAGAGUCUAUGGUUUCCGAGGCACUGCAUUGAUGACGGGCGCGAUGAGCUUAAACUGUAUCGUCGGUAUGACGAUGAUGCAUCCAGUUGAAUGGCACUUGAAGAAACCGGAACAAGUACGCGCGGAACGGGCACGUCAAAGAGAAGAGCGGAAAUUGUGCGGAAUAGCAGCGUUGAGUCGUCGUUCCAGCGAGGUUACUCAUGUUCCAACGAAAACUAGAUGGAGCAGUUUAACGAGUCUCAAGGAUGAAAGAGGGAAGCAUUUGCCGCUUUUAGUUGAAACGUUGAAAGAACCUGCGCAAAGGGUAGCUUCGAUAUCGGAGCUCGAGGGGAAAAUUUGCAGUCGAAUGAAAUCUGGAUCGAUGCGUGAACUUUUAACGAGACGCAUGUCGGCCCUCUCGGCCUCGAGUUUGGCAAAUUUAGUGACAAGUAUCGGAGCCGUAACAGACAUUGCACAUUACGAGAAAACUAAAGAGAAACGGUUGGAGAAAGGAGUUCAGGUGUCUAUGAAGGAUGUAGACGAUACCGACAAGAGUCAAGUAAAAAAAAUCUUCGCAGAGCUUUUGGAAAUGUCACUGUUAAAAAACUGCGGUUUCAUGAACAUUUGUCUUGGCGUCAGUUUUGUCCUGUCGAGCGACUUUACGUUCUCCGGUCUGUUGCCAUUGAUGAUGGCCAACCACGGACACACCAAAACCCAAGCAGCCCUGGCGAUUACUAUCAGCGCCGCUGCAGAAUUGGCAUCAAAGAUUUUGAUUGCUAUCUUCACGUUGGUAGUAAAAAUCAAAGCGAAAUACAUCUUCUUCUGCGCCAUGAUUUGCAUGGCGUUUGCAAAAGCGGGUUACUUAAUUUACAGUGACACCUUGACAGGGACAUUUGUCAUGAUAGCGAUUAUAGGAAUGGUUAGGUCAUGGUUAUUAGUUCCUCAACCAUUGGUCAUCAUAGAAGAUAUCAGUAUUGAUAAAUUCGCUUCAGCGUAUGGAAUUGCUGGCGCUAGUAGCGGCGUGAUUUCCAUAGUAUUUGGUCCAAUCGUUGGACUGAUGAAGGACUGGACCAACAGUUUUGUCGUCUGCCAGCUUGCCCUUAUACUAAUGAACGUCCUGUUUGUUAUUCCGUGGGCAGUACAGUUCCUUUCAGUAAAUUUACCAAAGAGGAGGAAGGAACGGGCGGAUAAAAUUGCUGCCGAAACUUCCGGUGCCCUUUCUGCCGAUUCAUGCUAACGAAGAGAGAAAGAAGAACAUCUUUGUACAUACAUAAAGUGCCUAAAGAAUAUUUGAAAGUAGUUUUUUCUUUUUUUUUUUUUUUACAAUAACAACAAGAUACGAAUGCUUCGAACUUUACGAAUGCUUCUUUUUCUAGCUCUACUCUAAAGUAUCUUUCACGAAACUUGCAGAGAUUAUACAGUUAUCGAAUAAAAUUCUCUUUAUUUCGAUGUAUAAAUUAUCACCGCAAUAUUAUAAUAAUUAUUUUACAUGUACACAAAGAGUUUAAUAAAUAUUUUCUAUUCGUAUAAGGA